AUGCCUCGAAUCAAAUCAAAGAAAUAUCUAACAGUAAUAAGAGUUAAUAAUACAAACUCAAGAGUUGACAGUGAAGUAUUUCACAGUGUAGUGGAAUCAACAGAUGCAAAAAAAAUUGUAAAAUUAGAGGGAUUCCUUUUCGUUUAUUAUGUCUUAUACUAUCUGCUAAUGGCCAUUCUAUCGUUUGCCUUGUUUUUUACUCUGGACAGAGACUAUGAAACCAAGUAUGGCUUUGACUCGCAAUUAUAGUACUGGUACGAGAUCUAGUAGUUCUUACUCUUAUUAUCCUGUGUACUAAUAUUCUUCAUUGCCAGGUCAUCUAUGAAGAGACCAUAGGUGCAGUACUGGAUUAAAAGUGGAGGAUGCUGUUGCAGUGCAAGCAUUAUUGUCAUGCCUCGUUCAAUAAUCCAUAAAAUCCUAGUGCUUAUUAUUGAAUUUGCCAACUUAGGUUUCGGGGUUUUCGCAAUUAUAGUUUACUUCAAGAAUUUCAAUGAGAUUCAAACCAUGCUGAGUAGCACUAAAUUAAUCAGAUUAGUUGUGCCUUCGAUUGCUAUUCUAGAUAUGCUGAUAUUAGUCAGAAUGCUAACUUUUGUGAAUUUAUUCUUUAUUUUGCCUAGGCUAAAUAGUGAUAAUAUCCUCACUGGCAGAUAUAAAAAUGAGGUCAAGCAUAAAUUCCCAAUUGUUACACUAAAGUAAUACUAAAAAUAAAUCAUGCUGAAGAGAAGUGUAAGUCUGGAUGCUCUGAACAAAUAAUUUAUUUGUGCAAUAUGCUGCGAAGAAUUGAAGGCAAGUGACUAGAUAGUAGUGCUUUCCUGCAAUAUCAAACAUUUCUUUAAUAAAAACUGCAUUAAGAAGUGGCUGGAAAACCAUAACACUUGCCCGCUUUGCAAGGAAGAUGUGGCUUUUGGAGGAGUUAUAAAUUCUACAACUGAAAGUAGUCAAGGCAGUUAAUAAUAUUAGUUAUCAGUAUGA